CGUCACGCCGCGCCGCCGGGAGCCGGUCAUGGCGGCCGCCGCGGCCCUGGCGGGGCGCUGCGGGCGGCCGCUGCAGCUGACGCUGGCUCUGCUGAAGCCGGAUGCCGUAGCCCACCCGCUGGUGCUAGAGGCCGUGCACGAAACCAUCCUCAGCAACCAGUUCCUCAUCGUCCGAGCCAAGCAGCUGCGCUGCGGGCGGGAAGAGAGCCGCCAGUUCUACCGGGAGCACGCGGGACGCUUCUUCUACCAGCGGCUGGUGGAGUUCAUGGCCAGUGGCCCCAUGUGGGCUUAUAUCUUAGCUCAUGAGAAUGCUGUCCCACUCUGGAGAUCCCUGAUGGGUCCCACCAAAGUAUUCCGAGCCCGAAACAACGUCCCGAACUCCAUCCGAGGAGCUUAUGGCCUCACUGACACCAGGAAUACCACUCAUGGCUCAGAUUCUCCAGCAUCAGCCAGCAAGGAAAUUGCUUUUUUCUUCCCCGAGUUCAACGAGCAGCUCUGGUACCAGCAGGAGGAACCACGUCUGCGCUGUGGGCCUGUCUACUACGACGCAGAGGAGCGUGUCCACCUUGUCCAGGGCUGAAGACACUCUGGGGGGUUUGAAGAUGGAUGGAUAGAUAUAUGGACUGGCAAGAUGCUUCUUCCCUUCUAGAAGACAACCUGGACGUAUCCAAUCCUCAGCUUGCUGCAAGUCUGAUAGUUGAACUGAUGGGUUUGCCCUAUACAAAGGCUCCCUGAGGACAUGGUUGUAGCCUUCCCACUCCAAGGCUGCACUCCCAGUACUGAGAUGGAUUGAAUCCCUUUGGCACAGAGUCUUUCUUUCACCUCUGGUUUUGUUCUAUGCCUGGUUUCUCAGGCACCUCUGUCCUUACUGGAUCCUCGUUUUUACAGUGUGAGAACAACAAACCUGAUACAAGACCCAAGCCAUGAAUUCUCUGGCAUCUCACAGUGUUGUUCUGUUCAGCACUUGAAAAGAUUGUUGCCAUGUAAGCUUUCCUGGAGCACACAAGCCCAGUGGAACAGAAUUUAGGGUGCCUUCCCCUCUCCCUGUAUGGAAAUAUCAGGCAGAGGAGUAAAAGGGAUAAAGCAACCAAAGAACAGCUUGGCACUGAUUUAGAAGUUAAAAGAUAAUUGUAACAAUAAAUAAAAGGUAUUUAAGCUAAAUGAAGGUCACAGAAAUAUGAAAGAAGGGAAUAGAUACAGAUAUAUGUACAAAACCAGCUUGGUUGGCAGUGGAUUGUUGGGAUUGAGAUGGAUUCUUGGAUGCAGGCCCCAACAUGAGGUAGCAUGGUGGCCACAUGGUUAUCAGGAACAGCAGCAGCAAGGAGAUGUGGAGAGGUGAAGGUAGGAGCAAGAAUCAUACAAUCAACCAGGUUGGAAGAGACUUCCAAGAUAAUCCAGGCCAACCUAGCACCCAGCCCUGCCCAGUCAACCAGACCAUGGCACUAAGUGCCUCAGCCAGGCUUUGCUUGAACGCCUCCAGGGACAGUGACUCCACCACCUCCCUGGGCAGCCCAUUCCAAUGGGCAACAACUUCCUCCUAACAUCCAGCCUCGACCUCCCCUGCCACAACUUGAGACUGUGUCCCCUUGUUCUGUUGCUGGUUGCCUGGCAGAAGAGACCAACCCCACCUGGCUACAGCCUCCCUUCAGGUAGUUGUAGACAGCAAUGAGGUCAGCCCUGAGCCUCCUCCAGGCUGCACACCCCCAGCUCCCUCAGCCUCUCCUCACAGGGCUGUGCUCCAGUCCCCUCAGCAGUUUUCUCACCCUUCUCUGGACACCUUCCAGCACCUCAACAUCUCUUGAAUUGAGGAGCCCAGAACUGGACACAGCACUCAAGGUGUGGCCUGACCAGUGCUGAGUACAGGGGCAGAAUAACCUCCCUUGUCCUACUGGCCACACUGUUCCUGAUGCAGGCCAGGAUGCCAUUGGCUCUCUUGGCCACCUGGGCACACUGCUGGCUCAUCUUCAGCUACUAUCUACCAGUACCCCCAGGUCCUUUUCUGCCUGGCUGCUCUCCAGCCACUCUGUCCCCAGCCUGUAGUGCUGCUUGGGGUUGUUGUGGCCAAAGUGUAGGACCCUGCACUUGGCCUUGUUCAGUCUCAUCCCAUUGGACUCUGCUCACCCAUCCAGCCUAUCAAGGGCUCUCCUACCCUCCAACAGAUAGACAGGCUGAAAGAAUUAGGGCUGUUCAGCCUGGAAAUUGGCCCUGGGGAGACCUUAUAGCAGCAUUUCAGUAUAUGGGGAUCUACAAGAAGGCUGAGGAAGGACUGGUUAGAGGGGCUUGGAGUUGUAGACAAAGGGCAACGGUUUGGAAACUGGAGCAGGGUAGAUUUAGAUUAGACAUCAGGAAGAAGUUCUUUACAGCAAGCAUGGGGUGACACUGCAACAGGCUGCCCAGCGGUGUGGUUGAGGCCCUGUUGCAAGGGAAUUCAGGCUCACACUUGAUGUGGGCCUGGGCAGCCUGAUCUAGUUGGAGGUGUCCCUGCUGACUGUAGGGGGUUGGACAAGAUGACUUUCGAGGGUCUCUUCCAACCUGGUGCAAUCUGUGGAUCUGUACAUGGUUGCUCUCUGACUCCAAGAGCAGUUCAUCACACACUAACUAAUACAGGACUGAUCAGGUCCCUGCCAUAGGUUAAUCCUUGUGUUUCAGAUAACUAAACCUGGUUUAUGUGCAUUAACUUCUAAUAAAUUUGAGUCUGAUCAUUAA